CGUCUUUUUAAUUUAGUGAUUUUUGGUGUGAGAAGAAGCAGCGGAAGGAUCUACUAAUUUUAUUUAUUUUAAUAAUAUACCAGAUGACUUCUUGUUUUAUAUCAAUUAAAACAUAACCAUAAUUUCUUUUUUUGUUAAUUAUAGCAAAAUCUAUAAGAGAUAAAUCCUGUACAGUUAUCGAAAUGUCCAUUUUCGCAAUCUAUACUUUAUUAAUCGGUUCUUUAUCUUUUAUCAGUGCUGUUAGUUCGAUUUCCUGUAAAUUUAACGUGAAAGCAAAGCAAGCGUUACUAAAUGAAGGAUUUCACAGGAACAUCACAUAUCGGAUUGUUUUCAACAGUGAAAACGACAAAGACAGGUGGCUGUAUGAAGACUGCAUGGUCAGCUUGGAGCAGACACUGCCCCCUGGAGUGUUUGCCAACCCCGAUGAACUGGGGGAGCUCCGGAGAACACAUCGAUUGAAUGCGAUACCGAAGAACCGUGUGAACGUGGAGCUGCCAGCGUCACAGUCGCAGCCCAGCACUGUGUUCGUGAUGGGCUCGGUGGUGCAGAGCAAGGUGUCGCUGUGGCUGCCCGUGCACGCCAGGUAUCACCAUGCCAAGUCCGGUGGCGGCACUCAGCGCAACCGCAUCGACCCGCCGCGGCUGUUCCUGCGCUGCGCCGACCGGCGGCUGGAGCUGUGCGCGCGCGCGCCCUCCGCCUCCUUCCUCUGCAACGGCAGCUCCCGGGAGAACUGCAGCUGGAUGCUCGUGCCUUUCCUUUCGUUAACAGACUCACUAAUAUGGGACGUGCCAGUUGGAAACAGUGACAGCUACUAUAUGGUUGCUAUCGGCACUGCAUUCGUGAUUUUCAUCGGCGCCACGCAUUUACUGAAGGCAAUACACGAGUAUAAAUUGCGAGCGAGAAUGAAAAGAACCUCCUAAACAUUUUGACAACUCCUGGGCGGGAAGAAACAUAACCGAUAAAUGAAUGGAAACGAAGACAAAACUGUAGACGCGGGGUUAAUGUGGAGUCGCCAUAUAUAUCGCGUCGUUCCACGAACAGCCAUUUAAAGUUACACAUUUAAAGUGCGAGUUUUUAUAAGAGAACAGAUUAAAAGUGCGAGUUUUUAUAAGAGAACAGAUUAAAAGUACGAGUUUUGAUAAAAGAUGGCGCUGUCACUGUAACUAUAAUAGAAUGUUACAACUUUUUGGAAGACUGACUCAUUAGCGGGGAGAAACUUAACAUUAAAUGUAUCGUGAAUGAAGAUAAAGAAAACCAUAAACGUGGAGUUAGCGUACAUAGCUAGAACAGUUCAAUACGCCUACCAGGCUGGUCGCGGUAAAAGCCGGCACAAGUUAAGGGACAAAAGAUUAAUAAUACAAUACUCUGUACUUUUUCUCCUCAUAUAUUUCUAAUAAGCGUUUGUCUUGUAUGACCUAAAUCGAAGCUAUGUCGAAGUGUUUUCUGUCUACGAUGACGAAGUUAGUGAAGUGAUAUCAAACUAGUUUCGUAUACCAAUAAAAAUAUAUAAUAGUUACUCAUAUCCCACAGGCUGGGUGAUAUCAUAUAUUAUCUAUAAUAAUAAAUCAAGGUAAUAGAACUAUUUUUUUCACAAUAUUUCUCAUAGUAGGACCACAAUAUACCAAUGUGGUCCAAUUGGCCUACCGGUAGUUCUAUUCCGUGGUCCCAUCAAUAGGAUACAGUUAUCAUAUAGGUGUAAUAUGGACUGGGUUAUGGGUUUUCGUAUUACAACUAGAAGUAUCAUGAAUAUAGAAUAAGUGGCCGGAGUUAAAGAGUAACAUACUAGUUAAAUACAUAAUGGUUCCACCCGUCUCUGUCACAAUACUCACGUGGGAAAAAUAUGGAACGAAUCUGUCGCGGGUUGUCUAUUUCAGUCAUACACAAGAUUUUUGAAUGAGACUGAUAAUAAACCUCGCGUUCCUAAGUACGAAUUACGGGUCAGAAAAUUCUUAAUAAUUUUUAUGGUAUAUUAAAAAUAAAAUGUUUAUUUAAUAACUUCAAAAGUUGUUUUAAAUUAGAUAUGACACUAAUUCGGCUCAAUAUGUAAUAUAUAUUAUCGAAUUUAUAUGUAAGUAUUGUAGAGCCCAUUACAUGUCAAGUUAACCUGGUAGGAUCCAUAUGACGACGUGAAUAGCGGCAAAAGUGCAAUGAUUUUGCCUUACUCGAUGUGAUGUUGACUGUACUUAGUACUUAUUUAAAAGAGUCAAUUGUUUUUUGCGAUAUUAGUAACGUGUUAUUAAAAUCGCAGUGCAAUGGUAUGUUAAGGAUUACUGGUAUCUAACGCAUAACCUUCCGAAGGCGCAUAAGGUACAUCUUUUGUUCUACGACUUUUGUCUAAACGUAAUAAAUACAAACAUUUUAUUUUUUAUAGUU